GUCACCGAAGAACUGUUACGGGAGACACUUGCAGUCUGCUUUUGACUCAACGUCAAACAGUUUGUGUCCGACUCCAUUAGUAACUUCGAUAGGAUUAACAUCUGGUUAAGUUAAUGUUCGUUUCAUGUGUUAUUAUCGGAGUCGUUUUAUUAACUGAUUUCAGUCCUGUCUGCCACAUGAAAACUGUUCAUCGACAAGAGACUGUACCUUUCAUACGGUGCUGCGUUGGGGAGCCAUCACAUUGGUUUUAAGGUUCCUUUGGACAAGGGCAGCCCUCUCAGAGAUGCUGAUCCAAAGCACAUACACCGAGACGGACUUCCAAGCACCAGAUUAACAAACAAUACGAAACCAUCUCCUUGUAUUUGUCUACCUCUGUCUUCUUUAAACACCCAAAGUCCAGUCUCAAAAGAAAAUGGCGUUCUUAAUGAAAAAGAAGAAGUUCAAGUUUCAGAUACACUUUACCCUGGAGGAGCUCACGGCUGUGCCCUUUGUCAACGGGAUGCUCUUUUGCAAAAUCAGAUUAUUGGAUGGUGGAGACUUUUCCAUUGCUUCAUCCAGACAAGAGGUACAGGAGAACUGCGUUCGCUGGCGAAAGAAGUUCUCCUUUGUGUGCAAGAUGAGUGCAAGUUCUACUACGGGGGUCCUGGACCCCUGCAUUUGCCGUGUGUCUGUUCGCAAGGAGCUUAAAGGUGGAAAAGCUUUUUCAAAGCUGGGCUUUGCUGACCUCAACUUGGCGGAGUUUGCUGGUUCAGGCUCCACUGUUCACUGCUGUAUACUGGAAGGCUACGACACCAAGAACACUCGGCAAGACAACUCCAUACUCAAGGUUACUAUUGGCAUGACUCUUCUGUCUGGAGAUCCCUGCUUUAAAAUGCCUGUGAGUACAGCUAAGACCAUUGCCAUAGCUGGCCAGGACCCCUCCCUGCAGCUGGACCGCAAGGGAGAGGGCACAGGCGAUCACUCUGUGCCAUCACUUGGCAGCACCGCUCGUCGGCCAAUCAAAAGCAGACCUUCUGUCAACAACUCGGGAGGCCUUCAGGAGGGAUUGGAGGAGAACCUGUCUAGUCCAGAAGAAUUGUUUCACACGGGACACUCUCGCAACUCCAGCUUUGCCAGCCAGCAGAGCAAAAUCUCAGGUGGGGCUCAGGGCACGAUCAAAAGAACACCAGGCUACAGCACAGAGUACUUUCGCUCGUCCAGCCUGACGGAUCUCUCGCAGCACCGCCGGAAUACCUCCACCAGCAGCAGUAACACAUCUGGAGGGACCACCACAGCUGCCGAGAGCCCUGUAGAACAGGAGAAAGAGCUAAAACCAGAGAAGCCCCCACGGCCCCCCCGUCCCGGUCUGCCCCCCAACAGACCCUCAAGAAGAAAGAAGGACUCUGUGGAAAGUCACCCCACCUGGGUGGACGACACGCGUAUUGACGCUGAUGAUAUCGUGGAGAAGAUCGUGCAGAGUCAGAACUUCAGUGAUGUCAGCAACAAUGAAGACAGCAAUCUAACACUGUUUAUCAGUAGGGAUGGUACCACAGCCUUAAGUGGCAUCCAGCUGGUCAGCAGGGUGUCUGCCGGUGUUUUUGAACAAGUGGUCAUCGAGAGUCAUUAGAUCGCUGGAGGAACGAUGGGCACUCUUUCACAAAGCCACUGCCGUCAGUUUUUUGUUAAGACCGGAAGUUUAUGUCACUCUCCUCUUUUUGGGGUAAAUCUGUGUACUCACACAUUACAAUGGUAUCACCCUAAUUGUGCUUCACAUUUGCAAAAGAAGUGGGUACUUCUAUAACAUUCAUAGCUCUAUGAUUAAGACUUAAUCCUCAGAAAUGUUUUUCACCGGAUUCUGAGGAUAUCAUCUACUUGAAAUGCCUUUAGAAGUGAGGCAUGAUGGGAGUGUAACACUGUGAAAUAAGAGGGCAGUCCAAAUUCAGUUUAAUGUUACAUUAGAUCUUUAAAAGCCUUUCAGAUAUUAUUUAAUUGCAUAUUUGCCUUUUAUCUCUUUGUCAUAUUUCACACCUGAUAUAUGCUUAGUGAAGGCAACAAACCACUAAAAUAUUUUCAUACAUUGUAAUGAUAAUGUAGUUUGAUAAAGUCUCUAACCAGUCCAUUAUUCCAAUACCAGCCUGUGUUAAAGGAUGUACAGUAUGGCUGGCCGUACAAGUACGUCAGAGGUGAGGAGAACAUUUUGGCCGUUCUUCUCACAAAUCUGUUCUCAGUGUCCUCACUGUGUCUGCGAUGGUUACUUGUGUUCCAGCUGGUCUGGUUAACAUAAAAUCUAUAAAUGUCUCUCUCUCUCUACAAAUCCCCAUUUGUUUCAAUUUUUCAGUACUUUUUCCUCUUUCACUAUUUGAAUCUUAAUGUGCUGCUGGUUUCAGCCACGUGAACGUUCACGUUACUAUGAGUUUCGGCUCUGAUAGUUACCGCAGUUUCUUCUUUAGAAUAGUUGGCUGCACAACGAUACAGUCAAGCUAUUUAUGUGGUAUUUUCUUGGAAGAGCCUUGUCAGUAUCCAAAUGGUCCUGCAUUGUGAGGAUAAUAGCUUACACAAAGAGAAUAAUUUUCUGGAAAAGUUUUAUCUUGUAGAAUACAAACGUGAAAAAUCCCAUUGUUUUUGUUGGGUUAGAUCAGAGGCCGUGACUCAUAGUCACAAGACUACGUCCUUGGCAACUGCCUCUGUGUUUCUGAUCGGCACCUGGUGUGCAAUCGGAAACAAUAUACAAUAGACAUGAGAGAGAAUGGAAAGCCCCUUUCUGUGUUUCUCUGUUAUGUUUAUUGUUUGUUUCGCAUCAAGUUAGCUAGCCGUGAUCUUGGUCAUGGAGAAGUUCUCAGUUGAUCUGAGCAUUGAAAACUGACAUUGUGAGUUCUGCACAUUUUCUGUUGUGAGAAAAGUGUAAUAUGGGCCUGUUUUUAUUGUUGCGCAAGCUCAUUUUUAUGAAUUCUUUCUAGGAAAUUUCCCUUUAAAACAUUUCACCUGUCUAGUGGGUUUAAAUAGCAUGUAUUAAAAGAAUCACUGUUCACAAGUAGACUACAGUUGAGAGGGAACGUUACAUAUGUACUGUAAGUGUUUUAAAUCCAUUUGAAUGGACGUCAUUAAUGAUGAUGAUUAACCUUUCACUUGCGUCUGUGGCAUCAGCUGGCUGCUGUUGUUCUAACUCCUGGAAAUCUAAAGUAACACUAACUUUGAAAGUGCAAAAUAAAUUGUAGGUUGCAGCCUAGUUUUUCUUCAUAGCUAAUAUAAAGGGAUUUUCCUUAAAACACUGAACAAUGUAUGAUUUAAUUAUUUUCAUUGUUUACUCUUUGUAGUGUACUUCUGUUGUCCAUUCUGAUACAAAAAAACAUUAUUAGCAACAGUAACUCUGUCCUAUCAUUGUUUUCGAACCAGCUGGCUGGUUCAUUGGAAUCUUUAGAGGAGUUUAAUAUCUAAUUCUAUAAUAUCUUAACAUUGUGAUGCCACGAACAACGGAAACGAUCAUCUGUGAUUCUUGUUUUCUUCCAUUUCUCUUACAAAGUCUUGUAAUGUUUGUUUUUGUAAUUGACUCUAACUGGUGAUCUUUCUAAUGCAGAUGAGCGUGAUUAUAUUAUUUGCUUUAAAGUGGUCAUAUGGCGCGAACACGUGUUUUUCUGUGUCUUUGGUGUGUUAUAAGUUGCCCAUGCAUGUAUUAGACACGUAAAAUUGAAAAAUAUUAAAGUGUGGGAACAAGAGAUGCAUUCUAUCUAAAGGCGAAUGCUUAUCCAGACCUGCCUGAAACGCCUCGUGUAACCACACCCCCACAAAUCUACAUCGGUUCGACCGCCCAAAUGUAUACGCAAGUAAGAUGGGCAUACCUGUCAGUACAAUUGCUUUGUAACCUGGUGUUCCAAUUAUGGUAAGAUGCGUUACAUUUCCAUCACACGCUUGCAGUAUUCGACCAAUUACUACGCACUGGUUAACUGGCCAAUCACAGCACACCUCGCUUUACAGAGAGAUGAGCUUUGUUAAAAAUCUGCAUGUUUCAGCGAGGCGGGGCAAAGAGGAGAUACAGUACUGUACAUGCAUGGUAUAUGGAAAAUACAGCAUUUUUUAACCUUAAAUCGUGUAUACACAUUGCAUUACAUCUAAAACAAACGAUAAUAUUCUUUUUAGCCGUGUCAUAUGACCCCUUUAAGAUGCUGUUGCAGGGCGUUGAUUGGGGUCUAUAUGGAGAUGUUUAUUAUAGCAAGAACUAUUUUCAGUAUUCUGGUGCUUUUUUAAAGACAGUUCAGUCAAUACACUUUCAUUGAAAUUUAUUUAAUUACAUCAUAUGAUUUUAUGGUGGUCAUGUUAUAUGAUUUUAUAUAUGCACUAUGUGGCCAUCCUGCGGUAUAUGCUCCAGAAUCAUGAAACAUUAGAAUACACACAAAUAUAUGUAUAAAUAACCUUCACUACAACAGCACUUAAAUACUAAAGACUUGUGAAACACACAUUUUACAAGAUGUUGAUUAUUAUUUCUUUACUAUAGGGAUGAAAGCUAUGCACUUUCCAAAAUGACAUCCAUGUCGGUUACAACAAUACUGAUAAAUUAUAUUCUGGAGAUUUCUUUACAAAAGAGUAGAACCUAUAUAAAUGCAUUUAUUUUUGGUGAUUUCUACAGAUAUCACACAUAAGUAAUGUGCUAUUGCCCCAAAGUUUUCAUGGUUAUGUUUGGUUUGCAUGGAGAUGAAUACUGCAUUUUCUAACAAUGGACCAGAUUUGUACACUCAAAUGUGAAUGUUUCUUUAAUCUAACUGUCAGGUGAUGUUAUAUGUAUUAUUUUAGGCGAAAUAAAGUUAAUGUUGG